UUCCCUGUUGGCGUGAGGUGAUACAAUGAAGGGACGAUGGCUGCCCGCAUCAGAGUAAUAUGGAUAAGAUCGACCGCCGUGACAGCCUCUGUUCAUGAUGGUUCUGCGCUCCUGAACUCUUUCUUUGCCAAAACACACUAAUCUCCCCGUUUCGUCCCAUCUACAGAGUUCAAGUGUUGUAUUUGCAUCAGUCUGCUAGCCCCGUGCUAUGAUUCUGCCCACAUCAACUGUCUUUUAUUGACCUGACCGAUAUCACUCAUAACAUGGCCAUCACACAGUUUCGCCUUUUUAAAAUAUGCACCUGCUUGGCAUCUAUUCUUUCAUUUUUUAAAAGACUGAUUUGCAGGACUGGAAGGUCACGUAAGCUGAGCGGGGAUCAGAUCACCCUCCCGACCACUGUUGACUAUUCCUCUGCCCCAAAACAGCCGGAGAUUGAAGAGUGGAGCUCAUGGGAUGAAGAAGCACCCACCAGUAUCAAAAUUGAAGGCGGUAAUGGGAUAGUUGCACCUCCACAGAAUCAGGCUGAAGAAGAAGAACCGGACUAUUUCAAAGACAUGGCUCCCACCAUCAGGAAAACACAAAAAAUUAUCUUGAAGAAAAGGGAACCUCUGAAUUUCUCUAUGCCAGACAGCUCCUCAGGUUUCUCAAGCCGACUAGCCGCCACUCAGGACAUGUCUUUCAUCCAGCCCGCUGCGGAGCUGGGGGAUCUGGACACCUGGCAGGAGAACACCAACGCCUGGGAGGAUGAAGCAGAUGCAGCUUGGGAGGCAGAGGAAGUGCUGAGGCAGCAGAAGAUGGCAGAGCGAGAGAGACGUGCCAUUGAGCAGCAGAGGAAGAAAAUGGAGAAAGAGGUGCAGAGAAUGAUGAAAAAAGAGCAGAAGAUCGCUGUCAAACUCUCAUAACAUUAACGCAGCGCACCGGACACUAAACCACAGCCAAACAACUGUAGAUUGGACAUUUUUACCUGGUUUCAUUCCAUCUGCCACACUGCUGUCUUCAACUCUGUUAUGGGCUAUUUUUUUAAAAGUCAGGUUGUGUUUUUUUUUUGUAUUGGAUGGAAAACAGCACAGAGAACUACUUUCUCCUUUCAUUCUUGAGUUAUUGUGACUGUUCUUACCAUGUGCUUGAUUAAAUAGAAAAAAACACAGUUUUUUAUUUCAGUAUUUAUAAUACUUGAACAAUUUUUCCCAAAAUCAUAAGGAAUUCCAUUUCUUUUUUUAAUUUUUGUUGUUAUUUUUUGCUUUUUUCCUAUCUGUUUUUCUUCAUCAGUCUUGUAACUGUACUUCAAACACUGGAUUUCACCAAAUAGUGGUGAUUUCAGUCAAUUUAAUUUAUCAACAGAUUUAUGCAACUUUAAAUUUGUCUGUCAAAUCCGUUACCCUCCUGUUUACCUGAUAAUUAUGGUCUUUCUAAAGACAAAGGUCAGCAUUUGAUAAUUAAUAAUUAUUUACAUUUAUAUAGCGCUUUCCUGGACACUCAAAGCGCUUUACACAUAGGGGGAAAUCUCCUCAUCCACCACCAGUGUGCAGCAUCCAACUGGAUGACGCGACGGCAGCCAUAUUGCGCCAUACUGCACACCAGCUUAUUGGUGGAGGGGAGACAGAGUGAUAAAGCCAAUAUGGUAUGGCCAUGUUGGACAGAGACCAGUGGGCAAAUUUGGCUAGGAUGCCGGGGUUAAACCCCUACUUUUUUCGAAGGACAUCCUGGGAUUUUUAACGACCACAGAGAGUCGGGACCUCUGUUUAACGUCUCAUUCAAAAGAUGGCGCUCACUGAGCAGUAAAGAGUCUCCUUCACUAUACUGGGGCGUUAGGACCCACACAGACCUUAGGUUGAGCGCCCCCUUCUGGCCUCACUAACACCAACUCUGGCAGCAACCUAGCUUUCCCAUCUGGUCUCCCAUCCAGGAAAUCUAAUAUCUGUUUUUCUUCAUCAGUCUUGUAACUGUACUUCAAACACUGGAUUUCAUCAGAUAUGGGUGAUUUCAAUUAUUUUAAAUUAUCAUCAGAUUUAUGGUACUUUAAAUUGGUCUGUCAAAUGCGUUACCCUCCUGUUUGCCUGAUAAUCAUGGUCUUGAUUAUGAAUAAUCUAGAAGUUUCUAAAGACAAAGCUCAGCAUUUGAUUAUUAAUAAUUAUUUACAUUAAUAUAGUGCUUUACACUUAAAGCGCUUUACACAUAGGGGGGAAUCUCGUCAUCCACCACCAGUUUGCAGCAUCCAACUGGAUGACGCGACUGCAGCCAUAUUGCAGCAGACAGCACACCAGCUGAUUGGGGGAGAGGAGACAGAGUUAUUAAGCCAAUUAUGAUAUGGGGAUGUUAGGAGGCCAUGAUGGACCAGUGGGCAAAUUUGGCCAGGAUGCUAGUGUUAAACCCCUACUCCUUUUUUUUUUGAAGGACAUCCUGGGAUCUUUAACAAACACAGAGAGUCGUUUUAACGUCUCAUCCGAAAGACGGUGCUCCCUGAGCAGUAUAGGUUCUCCUUCACUAUACUGGGGCGUUAGGACCCACACAGACUGCAGGUUGAGUGUCCACUUAUGGCCUCAUUGACACCACUUCUGGCAGCAACCUAGCUUUCCCAUGUGGUCUCCCAUUCAGGUACUGACCAGGCGCUGCCCUGCUGAGCUUCAGUGUGUGACCAUGUGAGAGUUGCAGUGAGCUAGCUGCCGUCAGUUGGAAGGCAGUGAGUACAGUGUGUACUGAGGCUCGGCACUUUUUAGACGUGGGUUGGUUGUUAUGGAAACACUGAAAUUUUAAAAUACCCAAAAUUGGCAAGCAAACCAUCCUUUAUCUUAAGACGGUGUUUUACUUAUAAGAGUGUGUUACUGAGAAGAGCAUUUUUAUUAUUAAUGACGAAAACAACAACAACUAUAUAUAUAUAUAUAUUGAUCAUUUUCCUUGAUUCAGUGAAGAUGACACUAACGGUGGUGCUGAAAUUAACCUCUGCAUGCUAUGAAUAUUAAGGAACAUGAAGCCAUGAGAGCCACAGGUACUGAAAUCUAUCAAAAAAGGAAUAAAAUCACACCUUUCGUAUCA